AUGGCAAGUGACGGUUUGGCUUUUGCGUUGAACGUGACCAUUGCAUGCUUUGCCAUCUUCGGAAACGGUUUGGUGAUUUUCGUCAUGACGGUCAGACGUAAACAGUUCAGCUCCUUCACUAACCGACUUAUCCGUCACCAAUCCAUCAUCGACCUCAUCUCUGGUUUGGUGUUCCUCGCAGUGACUGUUAUCAGACAAACUUCGCUUUUGGACAAUCUAGAGGGGAAUUUCUCAGGGUGGAUUCUCUGUAAGUUGGUUCGCUCCAGCUUUUUUGUUUGGGGUUUAAGCGUAGCAUCCACGUACAAUCUGGUGGUGAUAUCGCUGGAGCGUUUUCUUGCCACGUGCUAUCCGGUCAAACACCGCAACUACUGCUCACUCUUCAAGAUCAAAGUUUCAAUGUGUGUUGCUUGGAUCAUCGGUUUUACAUAUGCGAUAAGGUUUAUUAUUUUGUACAUAAUCACUGAUAACAAGUGCGGCUUUGAUUAUUCCAUAAGUCCCACUGCUAGGAUCGUUCUAUUCAUUGUGAUUAUUUUGGUGGAGUACAUUAUUCCAGUGAUCUUGAUAUCGUUUUCGUACGGUAGAAUACUUCUCGUUCUUCGACAAAAACUUGACAACGCUAACGCCAAUCAGCAAAACGGUAUCUUGAGCAAGGCCAAAAGAAACGUCAUAAUUACGUUGUUGAUUGCUGGUUUCAUGUUCUUCAUUUGCUGUACUCCGAUGCAGACGUUGCGGGUGCUCCUUACCAUCGGUGUUGUUUCUUCAAGCUCAAGUGAAUUAGUUACUAUCCUAGGUCAAGCAUUUUUGGGUUUCAUCAUGUGCAAUAUGUGCGUGAAUCCAGUCGUUUAUUGCUUCAAGUACGAGCAUUUCCGCACACAGCUCAAGCAACUUGUUCGGAAGCGAUUUGGUCGAAAUCGAGUGCGUCCUGGAGAGGAGUCUACCGACGGAACAUCUUUGGCCAUAGACCCGAUACAGAACACUGUAUCAACACAAGGGAUUUGA